AUGCCUUUAUUUUCUUUUUUAGUUUCUUUUGAUUCUGCUUUCUCUUUCUUUUCUUUAUCAUUUAAUUUCUUUACCCUUUUUUUCAUUUCCUUAAUCUUUAACAUUAUUCUCUUUCUUUCUCUUUCAUCAUCUGGCAUUUUCUUUCUUUUUUCUUUCUUAUUUAUCUUCUUGUUAAUUGUUUUUUUUUUUUUAUUAUCUCUUUUCUUUAUUUAUUUCUUAUCUUAUUGUUGCAUUGAGCAAUUUUAUCCUUACAAUUCCCUUCUCUUUCCUUUCAUUUUUCUUAAUCUGGACUUUCUGCUUAUUUCUUCUCCCCCCCCCCAUUUCUUUAUCAUUCAUUCUUUAUCUGCCUUUUAUCAAUGUGUCAGAAUAAACACAUUCAUAAUAUUUUCUUUUUUCUUCCUUUAUUUUUAUUCUUUUCUCAUUUUUUUUCUCCUUUUAUUUCUUCAUUUCCUUCUUUUUUCUUGA